GGGUUUUGAGCUUUUGUUUAUAUAUCUAUUUACUUGCUUAACUGCUUUUUUUUUUCUGUUUCGCCUCUACUCAUUCUUUUUCCGUUAUUCUUUCUCUCCACGUAGACAAAUAUCUUUGCAUAUAGAUACACCAUCUCCCUCCAAGUACAAUGACUUAGCCAUGUUAAUAUAACGAAAAUAUUAUUGAAAUUGAAAACUGUAAAUACACCGAACUGCGAACUUUUUGUUAAAGGGUGGAGGUUUAUUGUUACGAACACCCCCAUGUUACUUAGUACAGUAGCGCAGGAACACGCACAUGAAUACACAAAUUUGCUUGCAUAUACUGUACUACUUUGACUCAAACUUCAUUCGCUAUUAGUUUGUUUGGCAACCGCAGAAUUUAUUUUUCCUUGACACUGUGCUGUGGCCAAUUAUUUACCUAUCUUAAAGUAUUUUUGGUAUAAUUAAGGUUUCACUCUGCGUUGUUUUUAAGGGACUGGAUUAUGCGUUUAAAGGGAGAUUUGACGGUGAUUUUUAUCGAAUUGUCCGAACUGAGGCUUCUAACAACACAAAACAGAGGUCGUUAUACUUCAACUUACAUUUCGAGUUGCAUUUAUUUCGGCUUUUUAAUUUUUUUUAUAAAGAAAUUAAUGGAAAAAUAAUAAAAAAUAAAACUCAACGUCACUCGAUUUAUUCUAGUUUAUGUUGGUUUUUGCGAAUAUAUUUAAAAGCAUAAAAUCUUUAAGAAAAAAAACACACCUAAAAAUCAGAACCGAAGUAGAAAAUUAAACAAAAUAUGCGGAAAUACGUACAAAUCAUUUAUUAAAACAGAUAAAAGCUUAUAAAUUUCUUUAAAAAUGUUCAGUUUAUGGCUUUACGGGACCAAUAGUUAGAGAAUUUCACCGCGAGGGAACGGUGUAGUACGUAGCAGGAAAUUCAAAUGUUAUGUUUAUGUUUGUUGUGUAUUGAUGUUUGUCCUUGAUGUUUAUGAAGAUGAUCACAUCAGCAGCAGUACUCUUUGUGGGUCCUGAGGUGGUAUAUUAGGUUUAUACUGACAUUAAAAUCCACAGUUAUAAUAGAGAACACAUAAUUACAGAAUCAGGACCCGGUGGAACUCGUUUUCCGUGCAGCCGUCUAAUGUGUAAAAACUUGUGCUUUUUUUUGUUACAUAUAUUAUGCCCCGCAAGAAAGCUCCUGCUAAAUCUAGUCCUGGUGGUCCUAAGCGCCAUGCUAUUUCUUUGGAGUAUAAAUUGGCAAUGAUUAAACGUUAUGAAAAAGGUGAAAAAAUGGUAGCGAUAGCGCGUGCUUAUGGCUUAAGUCGAACGACCGUAUCUACAAUUAUUCACGACAAGGAAAGGAUUUUAACUCAUAUCCAAGAGACUGCUCCGGGGAUGAAGAGUACCGUAAUCACCAAGAAAAGAGGUAAAAUCAUCCAAGAAAUGGAACACCUGCUUUCCUUUUGGCUUGAACGGCAGACUCGUCAGCGUAAUCCCAUAAACCAGAUGAUAAUUCAAGAGAAAGCGCUUUCAUUGUUCAACGACCUUAAGAAGAAGUAUCCCGACAACGUGACAGAGGAUUUUAAGGCCAGUUCAGGAUGGUUUAUGCGAUUCAAGCAGCGACACAAUCUUUAUAACGUUAAGGUCCCAGGCGAAAGUACAUCGGCAGUAACCGAUGCUGACAAGCAACCGCUCACAAAUGAAGAGCUGAUGAAACUUCAUGAACAGCAACAACAAGAGGAGGCACAGCAACCGGAACCAGAACUUAGGCACUUUACCAUCAACAAAAUGCAGCAAGCUUUUGUAUACAUGGAAAAAUCACUAACCCUUUUCGAGGAGAUGGAUCCUAAUGCUGAGCGCUUUGCUAAAAUCAUGGGAGCUGUUCACGACGCGUAUGUUCCUUAUAGGGUUAUCCUGGAAGACAUGAAGAGUAAAACCAUUCAAGGUACUCUAGAGAAGUUAUUACUGUACGUUGAAAGUCGAAGGUCCGAAUUGGAAAAGUCUGAUGAUAAACCGAUUCCUUCAACUUCAAUGUCAACUCCAUAAUCCACGCCUCUCCAACCUCCACUUCUGUCUAAAUCAAGCUCAUCAACACCGUCAAUCAGAUAGGAUUUCCUGAAGCUGAUUUUCUAUGGUGGCUGGAUGCACUCCCUGUCGCCAACCUUCAUCUGUUUGCAAGUAAGGUAAUACUUUGUAUUCCAGGGAGACUGCAAACAAACAGUACCUCUUGUAUCAUGGUGUUGUUUGUUUACAACUAGUGCAUACUGUCAAGGGGACAGAAACAAACA